AUGACUAUAAAUAAUGAAAUUUCAAGUUUAAAUGAAGAUAAAUUCAAAACUAUUCAACAUUAUGGACCAGUUACAUGUAUAAAAAUUUUUAAAAAUUAUGUAUUUGUUGGAUAUGGACCAAUACUUUAUAUAUAUCAAUUUAGUUUCUCAGACUCACCUGAAUUAAAUUUUGUAAAACAAAUAUUUAAAAGAAAUAAGAUUCAUAAUAUUUAUAUUAAUGAAUCUCAAUCUAAAGUAAUUAUAAGUGGAUCAAAAUCAUAUACUGUUAUUGAUUUUGAAGAUUUAGAACCAUUUAUGAUAUUUGGAAAAUCACAUUAUAGUAAUUUCAAAAUUGAAGAAAAAUCAAUUAAUGAAUGGAUUAUAACAUCAUGUAUAUUAGAUGAUGGAACUAUUUUACUUUUAAAUUCAUAUAAUGAAAUUUAUCAAAUUCAAAGUAAUUAUAUUACAAAAAUUCAUUGUGGUGAAAAAUCAAUUUUAUAUAGUGGAUCAAUUAAUAUAUUAGAAAAUGGUGAAAUAUUUAUUGCUUCUGGUACAGUAAUGAAUGGUAUUAUAAUUUGGAGUUAUAACACAGAAAAAAUUAAAUAUAGAUUAAAAGAUCAUGAAGGUUCAAUAUUUGGAGUUAAAAUUGAUAAAUUUGGAAAAUAUAUUAUAUCAUGUUCAGAUGAUAGAAGUAUAAAAUUAUAUAAUUUUAAAACUGGGAAAUUAUUAUCAACUGGUUGGGGUCAUGGAUCAAGAAUUUGGAAUUUAGAAUUUAUGAUUCCUCUAAAUAUUGAUGAAGAUGAUAAAAGUAAUAUAAAGAUUAUGAGUAUUGGAGAAGAUUGUACUUUAAGAAUCUGGGAAAAUGAUCCCGGUAGUGAUAAAUUGAAAAGUUUAAAAGUUAUUGAAAAUUGUCAUAGAGGUAAACAUAUUUGGUCUGGAGAUGUUCAAUAUACAAAUAAAGAUCGUUAUGAAGAUUAUCAAAAUUUAAAAAUUUGUUGUACAGGAGGUGCUGAUGGUAGAGUUAGAAUUCAUGAUUUAGACGAAAAAAAUCAAUUAACAACUAAAUUAACAGUAACAGAUUUUAUAAAUAAUUUAAAUUUACAAAUUGAUUUGAAAAAUAUUUCAAUUAAAGAUUAUUUUUAUUUAAUUUAUUUGAAUAAAUUGAUUUGUUUAACACUGAAUGGAUUGAUUUUAGAAUAUGAUUAUAAAUCAAAAAAGUAUAGGAAAUUAGCACAAUUUGAUGAUUUUACUAAUGGAAUGGUCAAUGGGUUUAUUAAUGCUAAUACAGUUUUAAUAGCGGACAAAAAUGGAAAACUUUUAAGCAUUUCAUAUACAAAUGAUGAUAUACAUUUAAAUUGGUAUGAAAAUGAAGAUAUAAAAAUUUCAAACAUUUAUGUAAUUGAUGAUUCAGUUAUGUUUUAUAUAUUAUUUGAACCAUCAAAUCCAAAUUUUCCUUUCAUUUUAAAACAAUAUUUUUUUGAAAAUAAUCAAUUAAAUUUACAAAAUUUUAAAAAUAUAUCAAGACCAAAUAAUAAUUUUCAAUUAACUUCAUUCACGAUAGAUUUUGAAAAUGAAUGGAUUAUAUUAACUUCUAAAAAAAUGUCUUUAUUAAUUGUUGAUUUAUUGGAUUUAUCAAUAAAAUGUUUUAAAAGAAAAAUUGCACCUGGUGAUACUAUUAGUUCUGUUUCUGUAAUUAAUACAACUUCAAAAUUUAUAAAUUUAUUAAUUUUAUCAAGAGAUGGAACUUAUUUAAUAACAAAAAUAUUUAAAAAUUUUGAAAAUACAAAUUUUGAAAUUGAAAUUUUAUUAGAAAAUAAAUUAACUAGAGGUUUAAUUGAAGGUGGAUUUAUUUAUAAUAAUAAUUUAUUAUUAUAUGGGUUUAAAUCAUCUUAUUUUUUUGUUUGGAAUGAAACUAAACAAAUUGAAAUUAUGAAUGAAAUUUGUGGAGGUAAUGGUCAUAGACAUUUUAAAUUUUAUUUUGAACCAAGAAUGUUAAAUAAAUUUAAAUUUAUUUAUCUGUUUAAAAAUGAUUUAUAUUUAUGUGAUUAUUAUGGAAGAUUUAUAGAUCAAAACAUUGAUAAAGAUUUUGGAAUUUUACAUAGAGGAACUCAUGGUAGAGAAAUUAGAGAUUUAUCAAUACUGAAACAAGAAUUCACCGAUAAUUCAAGAUUAAUGGUUACAUCAUCUGAAGAUUCAACAAUUGGUAUAAAUAAAAUUUAUUCAGAUGGAGAAAUUGAAAAUUUUUGGAAUAUGAAUAAUCAUAUUUCAGGUAUGCAAAAAAUUAAAUUUUUAAAUAACAACUAUAUAUUAAGUUCUGCAGCAAAUGAAGAAUUUUUAAUUUGGAAAUUAUCAUUUUUUAAAAAUGAUAUACCUACUGUUAGAGAAUUAAAAAGAUUAAGUUUGACUCAAGAAAUUCCAGAUUUAAGAAUUAUGGAUUUUGAUGGAAUUGAAUAUGAAAAUUAUAUUUUUUUAAUAACUGUUUAUUCUAAUUCAACUAUAAAAUUUUGGAAUUUUAGCAAAGUAACAGAAACUUUUGAAUUAAUAAAUAAAUUUAAUUAUUCAACUUGUUGUAUAUUAAAUUGUGAAAUUUUUGAAAUUAAUAAAAAUAAAUAUUUAAUCAUUUCAGCAACUGAUGGAUAUAUUUUAAUUUGGAAUAUAAAUGAUCCAAAAAAUAUUCAAUUAGAAAUUAAACAAAAAUUACAUCAAAGUGGUGUUAAAGCCAUUUGUUUAGCUCAAUUGAAAAAUAAUUUUUAUUUAAUAACAGGAGGUGAUGAUAAUUCAUUAACUUCAAGUCAAAUAAUCGUAAAUGAUUCAAAAUUAAAAUUGAUCAAUUUGCAAGAAGAAUUAAAUGCAGCAUCUGCAACAAUUACUUCAAUAUCUCAUUUUGAUAAUUAUGUUAUUGUUGUUAGUGUUGAUCAAAUUGUAAGAUUAUGGACUUUUAAUCCAAAUUUAAAAUGUAUUGCUGCAAAAUAUACUACAGUAGCUGAUGUUGGAUGUUGUGAUAUCACCACUAUAAAUAACGAAAAAAUAUUGAUUAUUGGAGGUUCUGGUUUAAGUUCAUGGAAAAUCAAUAUAUAA